AUCUGGCAACCACACUCUGAGCAGUUGUCGCCAUCAUAUUUGGCUAAAUGUCAAGCUAGCCUCUAAGUCACCCAGCUGCUGUGGUUCGAGGAUAUAAAGUUAAUGCCACCUUUACCCUCUCUUUUGUUUCUGCUGUCGAGCAUCAGUGAACUACGAUGCCGUCGUUAUUCGGAGAACGCGUCUAGGACCGGCGCUGCUGUGAUAUCGUGUAGUUUGACGUUACUCUCACGUUAGCGGUUGCUAAUUGUCUCCACUCGCCGGAGUCUUGAGAAGCAGCGGAAGGCUGCGAAAACUGUUAGCCGGCUAGCUGGCUAGCUGGCUGCCCAAAACAAACCGUGAGCGACACUUGUACCGUUAACGUGAAGAAAGCGACGUCUGUGUACGGUGUCACGUGCUCAGUUGAGUUGUAACGCAUCUUAUCUAAGGAGCUAGCGCGACGCUGGCUGCGACUCCGCUGAAGAAGCGGAUGGUUUUUAGCUCACAAAGCUAACAAAACACGAAGCUAGGACUGGUCUUCUGCUAAACUGGAGCUGGCAUCGUCACACCUCCCGUCUCUGAAACCCGGCUGUUGGGCCUGAGAACCAAGAAGAUGUCUGAGGGAGAAAACAAGCAGGCCUCAGAGACUGCCCAGGAAGUGAAGGCAGAGUCCAUUGCUGCUGCACCCACGGGUCAAGCUGUGUCAUCGGUGUCUCCCCCUGUGUCGAUGGUGACCCAACCUGCAGCUACUGCUGCCACGGAGGAUGAGGAAGAGGAGAGUGAGGAUGAGUCAGAGAUUUUGGAGGAAAGCCCAUGUGGACGCUGGCAGAAACGCAGAGAAGAGGUGAAUCAGCGCAACGUCCCUGGGAUCGAUAAUGCUUACUUGGCCAUGGACACUGAGGAAGGAGUUGAGGUGGUCUGGAACGAGGUCAUGUUCUCUGAAAGGAAGAAUUUCAAACUACAGGAGGAAAAAGUCAAAGCUGUUUUUGACAAUCUGAUCCAGCUGGAGCACUUGAACAUUGUGAAGUUUCACAAGUACUGGGCCGAUGUCAAGGAGAACAGAGCGAGGGUCAUAUUCAUCACAGAGUACAUGUCCUCAGGAAGUCUCAAACAGUUUUUGAAAAAGACGAAGAAAAACCACAAGACCAUGAAUGAAAAGGCCUGGAAGCGCUGGUGCACACAAAUACUCUCUGCUCUCAGCUACCUGCACUCAUGUCAACCUCCCAUCAUUCAUGGCAACUUAACCUGUGACACCAUCUUUAUCCAGCACAACGGCCUCAUCAAGAUUGGCUCAGUUGCUCCAGACACCAUCAAUAACCAUGUGAAAACCUGCCGGGAAGAGCAAAAGAGUCUUCACUUCUUUGCUCCCGAAUAUGGAGCUGUUGCCAAUGUUACCACAGCUGUGGAUAUCUAUUCCUUUGGAAUGUGCGCCUUAGAGAUGGCUGUGUUGGAAAUCCAGAGCAAUGGAGAUUCGUCUUAUGUGUCCCAAGAAGCCAUAAACAGUGCCAUUCAGUCCCUAGAGGACCCAUUGCAAAGGGAAUUUAUCCAGAAGUGUCUGGAGGUAGACCCCAGUAAACGACCCACAGCUAAGGAGCUGUUGUUUCACCAGGCCUUGUUUGAGGUGCCCUUACUCAAGCUGCUGGCUGCACACUGCAUCGUCAGCCACCAACAUAUGAUUCCAGAAAAUGCUUUAGAAGAGAUGACAAAGAACAUGGACCCUACCUUGGUGAUCGUUGAGGUUAAGGAUGGAGUUCAGAUGAAGCUCUCGCAGUUUCCUGCACUUGAGCUGGACAAGUUCCUGGAAGAUGUCAGGAAUGGGAUCUAUCCUCUAACUGCGUUUGGUGUACCGAGUCCACAGCAACCUCAGCAGGAGGCGGUGAAAUCGCCCAUAGUGCCCCCCUCCGUGAAAAGCCCGACCCCUGAACCCGCAGAACUUGAGACCAGGAAGGUCCUUCAGAUGCAGUGCAAUAUUGAGCCCGUUGAUGAGGGAAGCAAGCAUCAUCUGACCUUGUUGUUGAAACUUGAGGAUAAAUUGAACAGGCACUUAAGCUGUGAUUUGUUACCAAAUGAGAAUGUGCAGGAGCUGUCUGUGGAGCUUGUUCAGCUGGGAUUCAUCAGUGAGGGCGAUCAACCACGACUUGCAUCCGUUCUUGAAGAGGCCUUUUCGAAGUUCUACAGCCGGAAUGGGUCUCUCAAUCCGGUGACUGUUUCCUCGUAGCGGAGGACUCACUCGGCCUUCUGUCGGCCCUCCUCGUCCUCUACAACAGGACUAUCUUUUUGCUCCACCUCUGGGUUGCAGGAAAGCUUUGUGAGGACGGAGGAGGAAGCCGAUGGUUGCAGAUCCUGCAGCCUGUCGUAUCUUCUGGUGGGGAAAGCUGCCACUAAGUGGCUGUCGCUUUCAAUCUUCUUUUUUUUUCUCUUUUCUUUUUUUUUUUUUCUCCCACCCAAUACAGCCAUCUGCUUCUCUUUUUAAAAGAAGAAAUCCUAGUUGCAACUUAAAGGAAAAUACAAAUGUUUUCACUUUUUUGGCACUUAUUUCUUUAGUAGUGAAGAAAGAGGUAAGCUACAUUAGACUGGAUGACAGCAGUAUUUUUCUUAAGUCAGUAUUAAAACUGUAUUUUAAACAUUUUUACUUAAAACUGUUGAAUAGUUGUCUGUAUAAAAAAAAAUAUGGUUGUCCCGGCAUACUGAAGUGUAUGUAUUAUAGUGUUGUAAAGUCUUGUUGUCUGGUCCUAUAAUCUUUCUCCUCAGCAGCGAGUGGGGCAUCUUCCUCCCUUGUAUCGGUUUUCGAAGACUCUGGAAUGCAUCGAGCUAGUAAUGCAACGGAUGCAACGUCACUUUUACUUCAAAAUUCUUUAAUUAUACAAAGUAGUCAUGCAAUAUGCAGCCGCAACACAAUUUCAAGAGCUGUAGCUAAAAUAUAACUAUUUAUUUGUGUAUUUUUCUUGAGUACUGUAAAUCACUUCCAGCACUAAGGCCGGUGGUUGUUUGAAUGUAUGCUUUUUAUUUGCUUUCUUUCUUUUUAAGUCAUUAUUUUUGGGCAUCAUCACGUGACUGUGGUCCAACCGCUUUAGCUUCUGUUUUCCAAGCAGCCCCUUGCAGCACUCAUUGAUUCGGACGAGAAUAAUAUAAAGUUUUCUUUCGGGGACAUUUUACACAGGAGAGGUUGGUUAGAUUCAUGUGGCGAUGGUUUCAUGGUCUGGUUUUCAAGAGGUUCAGUGAAUGCAUGUCUGCUUUUCUGUCUAAAUGGAAAUGGAUGCACGCGACGAGCUUGCUUCUGGAGUUGGCUCCUUUCUCAUUUUAACAUCAAUUGUGAAAGAGUUGCGUAAUUAAUCAUGCAUAGGAGGGUUUGUCAGCUCAGGCCUGUCAACAUUUAGAUUGUGUGACUGACUCAUUUGUUUUCUUCAUGGCUGAAGUAUUCUGCGUGACACCAGAGCUAAAAGGUUGUCCCUGCCAUAUCGUUAUUGGCUCAAGCCCCCCAUCUAUGUUAACUGUUUUGGGAAACUCUGUUUGUUUGCACUGCUGUACACUUUUCUAUCUUGUUGGAAAUGUCCUGUGGCCUCUGGCUUCUCUAUGUAGAUAAAUUGGAAAUGGCAUCAUUUAAAGAUGCCAGUGAUGGAGUUAAUAACUCUAUGCUGUGACACUACUACUUUGACAGGUCUGUAGAUACUUCGAGAUACAAGUGUGGAACUGCCUGGCAUGCUUGUAACCAUCGUAUACACUAGGCUGGACACAGUGCUCUGUUUCUUUUUCACUUCCUGAAAUAAAUAUUUACACUUCA